UACCAAGAAUAUAUCAGAAACAUCCUUCUACGCUCACCUAACUAAAAGUAGUAAAGUUCAAUCCAUAAAAAAAUGUGGGAUUCAGUGCAGUCACUUGGAACAUAUUCAUGGAUCUUUUUGUAAUGCUUUCAGUUAUGACAAGGACUCCAAAGUUUGUGACUUGGCAAAUCUUGCAUUUCUUGAAGAUCCAGCUGUUGGUGAAGAAGAAAAAGAAAUCAUGAUUGAUUUUGAAGCUCCGCCUCUGAUUGACAGGAUCUGUCGUGGCGGAGAGCACUGUUGUAACAGAGGGAAACUGAAUCUUUGUGGCAUUGGAGAAGGAGACUGCAACACAGAUAAUGACUGUUCUGGUGUUCUUAUGUGUGGACAUAACAACUGCAUGAAAUGGAGACAACCAGGAGGAAGGUGGGAUGAGGAAGAUGAUUGCUGUGAAAAGCGAUGUACUCCAGAACAUCCAUGCGAUGAGGGUGGUGGACACUGUGAUUCAGAUUCAGACUGUAAAAACAGUGAACGAGGUUGGCUGAAAUGUGGAAAUGAUUAUUGUCUUAACACAAUCUAUUUUCCUAGACAUAUUUUUCCUAGAAAUUCUGAAACAUUUGAGUUUACAUCAACUGACAAUUGUUGUUAUAGACCAUGCAACAAACGUUACCAUCUGUGUGGACAAAAUGAGGUUGGAUGUCAAGAUAAUGAGGAUUGUAUUCCUGGACACUAUUGUGUUAUAUCAGCAGCAAAGCCAUAUUGCACUGAAUUAAAUGAAUGUUCCCCAAACAAUGGACAAUUUGAAGGUUUAUUGUAUUGUGGGCGGAACACUGUUUGCACAAAUACAAUUGGAAGCUUCACUUGCACUUGUAAUCAAGGUUAUGAAGAUUUUGCUGAGCACAGUGGAUGUAUUGACAUAGAUGAGUGUAGAGUUGGAACUAAUAACUGUGGUGCAAACUCUAACUGCUGGAAUUUCCCAGGAACCUUUGUAUGUACUUGCAAGGUUGGUUUCACUGGAGACCCUGUAGCAGGGUGUACUGAUAUUGAUGAAUGUAUCAAUCCUAACUGGCAUAACUGUAACAGCUACCCAGGAUAUAAUGCUGAAACAUUUGGAAAUAAUGGGAUGAAAUACUUUGACGUCAGCUUUUCAGACAUUGGAGAUGAGCAGCAACAUACUUUCAGAUUUGAGGUUGCUAUUGAAAAUAAAGCACAAUUUUAUGUUGCAAAUGCAAAUUUAUCUAUUUCUUACAUGAUAACUUUACGGGCCGGUGCUUCAGAGAUUAGCAGAUGUGAGACUAUUAACUGUGUGAUCUUGUUCAGCUCUACCUCAAUUGCAUCCCUAUCCAAUAGCAAAUUUAACCUUUUUUUCAUGAAUUUGUUUUAUGAUAAAAAGUCAGGAGACACAAUAAUCAAAGUUUUAGACAACAGCAAAAAUACUUUAUGUGUUGCAAACUAUAAAGAACCGAAACCAUUGGUUAUAAGCAAAAUAGGAGUGGAAAACUAUGGAGCAGGUCAAGUAGGGUACUGGAGAAAUAUGAGAAAGAAUGCAAUUGAACAAAAGUGUGUAAACACAAUUGGAAGUUUUUUCUGUACAGAUAAUUCAGAUGAAAUGAUUGCCAUUGGGUUUGGAGGUCAUACAACUGAUGGAUCUGUUUAUCCAAACCAGAUUACUGUUUUUACAAAUCAGCGAUAUACCUGUGUUAAUCACAAAAUUGGUGAUAUUCAAGGAAGAUAUAGUCCAGGAAUGGCUGAGCUAGAUGGUUGGCUUUAUAUUUGUGGAGGACACUACUAUAACGCAAAAGAUCCACUAAUUGACUGUAAAAAAUUUGAUUUAAAUGCUGAUAAUGGAGCAUGGACCAAUUCACCGAACUUACCUAGAAAGAGGAGAAAUUUUGAAAUGCUAACUUAUCAAACUUCAAUUUACAUUGUUGGGGGAUAUGAUUACUGGGUUGGAGGUGGAGGAUGCAUAAACACAUUGCAUGAGUUUAAUCAUCAAACAAAUAUAUGGACAUCUAGAGCAAAUCUACCAUAUCCAAAUCAUCGUCAUUGUUCAAUUGCUGAUGUUGAAGAGGAUAGAAUAUGGAUGAUUGGUGGACAUGAAUGUAACGUUGGUGAUAAAAUGCAAGUAUACUAUUAUGCAGUCUCUAAGAAUGUUUGGGUAUUUCAUAGCAAUCUUAUUGGUAAUCAAGCUGUGAUGGAUCCCAGUUGUGGAAUCAUUAUCAAGACCACUGGGGAGAAAUGGUUGCUUGUUGUUAAAGGAGGAAGAACAGAAGCAGUGAUAUAUUAUGAUCUCUCAAACAAUAGUGGAUGGAAGCAAGCAAGCAAUUUGUUUGGUAAUGGGCGUCAAAAUUUGAUGCGAAUGAUAACUUUAACCCCAUACAGUGCAUUCUUAAUGGGUUCAUCAACUACAAGAUAUGGAAACAGUCUAAAGAAUAUAUUUGAAUUCAACCAAGAGACAAACAAUUUUGAAGAUAAAUACUUAUAUCUUCAAAAUGAAAUGAAUGCUGGUUAUUGGACAACUGUUAAGAAAUCCAACAACUUCAAAGCUCUGCAAGACUGUGUUUCACUAAGAGAAUAUGCUGCUGUAUGCUGGGGAGGUCACACAACAUCUGGUUCAGAUUAUCCAGACACCUGGAGUGUUCUCCUCAGGGAUAGGUUAAGGAAAGGAGAUCCUCAUCUUCCUGCAACUUGUCACAACAAGAUUCCACCUUUCUCUCCUGGUAGAUUUGCAACUGGUGUUACAGCUGUGGAUUACAGGUUAAUGAUUUGUGGUGGUCAUAACUAUGGAGGUCCAUAUUUGAGCAGUUGCUUUUUUUUGGAUACUAAUGAGCAUUCUCCUGCAUGGAGUACAAUGGCAAGCAUGCCUAUAACAAGAGGUUAUUAUGAAUUUACUACCUAUGGUGAUGCUGCAUUUGCAAUUGCAGGUCAUAAUGGUGGAGACCUUACUCAAGUAGACAGAUGGACAGAAUCUAAGGGAUGGGUUACUGUUGCCUCUUAUCCUGUACCCGUACAUAGACAUUGUGCUGUGCCUGACCCAGGAUAUGACAGGAUAUAUUCCAUGGCAGGAAAUUCACGUUCUAAUGCUUAUUUUUAUACAAUUUCUUCUAACAUAUGGUCAGCAAUGCCUUCUCUAUACUGGUCAGGGAAUAACAUGGCCUGCGUUAUAAUCAGACGAAGAGGAACUGGAAAUAAGAUUAUUGUUUUAGUUGGUGACAAUCUAUCUAGACAACAGUUUUUUGAUCUCUCUGUUUAUGAAGCAAAUGGAAGUGGAGGAUGGAUGACUUUUACAACUCCCCAAUACACCUCAUAUUAUUCUACUAUUAUAUCACUUACACCAUAUGAAAGUUUUGAGAUGGGGGGAUACAGUAACAGAUACUCAUUUUCAACAAGAAACUUGUAUAUGUGGAAUCCAAUAAAUGAGCGCCAUGAAGAUAUUGGUCUAAACCUUGUUCAUCCGCACAAUAAUGGAGAUUGCACAAUUAUGCCUGCAGAUGCUAAAGUUCUGGUAGGAUGCAUUCUUGAAUAGGAGAGAAACAUGUUC